CACAGUCUAUACCAUUCGUGGAAGGGUAUGGUAUCACAUGUUUUACUUAUUGAAAUGUUAUCAAAAUCACAAAUUACAAUUUACCAUGGCUACAUAAUUGACAGAUUCUCCAACAUGUAACGUCCCUUUCAUUUUUGAAGUGGUCAUCAUGUUGGCACAUCUCCAACAAAUGUAGAGCACACGUCUGAGUUUCUCUGUAGUCUCUAAAACAACAUCAUGUGAUCUCUUAUGACCCGUGUCUGUUUGUCUCCUACAUGAACACAUCAAAAGGCUCGUCCACUUCUAACUUUUGCGCCAAAUAGUAUCCACAAAACCUGAGUUCAUCUAUAUAUAUUAUUAGCCACUUAUUCACAAGCAACACAACUCAAUUCUCUCGAAAGUAUCAAAGUUUGUGCAUUCCUUCUUCUACAUCAGUUUUCUGUGUCUUUCAUCUGAAACAACACAAUGGGUUUCCGUUUACCUGGUAUUAGACGAGCAUCUAAGGGCACUGAAAUCCCACCAAAAGGUUUUCUUGCAGUCUAUGUCGGAGAUAAUAUGAGGCGGUUUCUGAUUCCUGUAUCAUACUUGAACCAACCUACUUUUCAGGAUUUACUGAGUCAAUCAGAAGAAGAAUUUGGAUAUUCUCAUCCAACGGGUGGCCUCACAAUUCCUUGUAAGGAGGAUGUGUUCCUCAAUGUCACUUCUCGCUUGAAUCGGCUAUAACUCAUGCUAGAGAAGACUUACCAGAGUAGAUUAGAAAAAGAAAAAAAUUGUACAGGAGAAAAUUUCUUUGAAUUUUUCAUUUUUGUUCCUUACCUUUUCCACUAGGAGUGGAAAGAUGUUAACCAGAGAGUAAUGAAAAGAGAUUUAUUCAACAUUUUAACUUUUGUUAUAUCCUUUUUGAAUUCUGUUA